ACAAACGACAACAGCAACAGUAAUUUUCGCUAUCUCCAGUCCGUCUGCGUUCAGAUCUCACAGCCUACUCUGCCCUCCCUUACUCCGGUACCAACUCCAAGUUAUUCCCAGGACACAACCGUCAUGAAUAUAAUAGAAUGGGCCUUUGGCAAGCGAAUGACGCCCGCCGAGCGCCUCCGCAAGCACCAGCGCGCCCUUGAAAAGACCCAACGCGAACUAGACCGGGAACGAGUCAAACUGGAAAACCAAGAGAAGAAGCUCGUCGCGGAUAUCAAGAAGAGCGCAAAGAAUGGGCAAAUUGGCGCCUGCAAGAUCCAAGCGAAAGACUUGGUCCGGACAAGACGGUAUAUCCAGAAGUUCUACCAGAUGAGGACACAACUACAAGCCAUAUCGCUGAGAAUACAAACAGUACGAAGUAACGAGCAAAUGAUGCAGUCCAUGAAAGGCGCGACAAAACUCCUGGGUAGUAUGAACAGACAAAUGAACCUGCCCGCAUUACAGAGGAUAGCCAUGGAGUUCGAGCGGGAGAAUGAUAUCAUGGACCAAAGACAGGAGAUGAUGGAUGAUGCCAUCGACGAUGUGACAGGUCUCGAGGAUGAAGAGGAGGGCGAGGAGGUUGUGAACCAGGUUCUUGAUGAAAUUGGUGUAGACCUCAACAAUGCUCUGGGCGAGACGCCGACAGGUAUACAGAAGGCUGCCGUACCUGAAGGACGAGUGGCACAGGCAAUCGGCGGCGGCGGAGGUGAAGAUGACGACCUGCAAGCCCGACUUGAUAGUCUGCGACGGUGACCAUCUGGUUCAAGAGCGAGCCAGCUUAUGUGCGGAAUGAGCAAGGUGUUCGGAGUAAGGCAGAUGGAAAUUGUUACGUGGUGGUCUACGUGCCUCUGAUACAGAGCAUCCAGUUAAACUCGUAAGUGGAAAGCGCACCCGGCAGGACAGGGAUUCGAUGAGGUUCAUUAUGACGAUUAUAUGUCUCGCCAUGUCGAUUGACAUUUGCUAUAAACUACAUAAACCAGUAAAUUCGUGUUCCGGCGUCAUCCUUCCUUGGGUCCUCAUCCGGGG